CCUUGCUUUAUUUAAUCCGUAGUUGGCAUACCACUCUCUCCACAAACACACAUAUUCAGAAUCAUAUGGCUCAAACAUCUCCAGUGCAUACCCAAGAGACCUGUGAACACACCAACAUCACCUCUGUCCCCUUCUCCAACAUCAUUCCGAUGGACUCUGUUUUGGCAGUCGAUGAAGAAAUCCCAACCAUCGACUUCCUCAUGCUUUUCUCCGAUGAUCCCAUCCAACAAUCCAAGGCCCUCGACAAUCUAAGCAACGCAUGUAACGAGUACGGAUUCUUCUAUCUGGUAAAUCAUGGCGUACCCGAUAGUGUGAUUGAAGGUGCACUGGAGGGAAUUGCUGAUUUCUUUGAAGUGACGAAGGAGGAGGAGAGGAAGGAGUGCGUGAAAAAUAACCCAACAGAUAGGAUCAUGUGGGGUUUAAAUUCCCAUGCUGGGGAAAAUAGGGAAUAUCUCAAGGUGGUAGCGCAUCCCCAAUUCCAUUGCCCUGCUAAACCAGCUAGCCUCAGUGAGGCCCUAGAAGAGUACAUCAAGAGAUUUCAAGAUGUUAAAAUUGGUUUGGCGAGGGCGAUAUCCAAGAUCUUGGGAUUUGAAGAGUUGUACAUCGAGAAGUUCUUCAAUCUGAAGUCAGGAUUUGAUGUAUCUGCCAUGAAUGUCUAUCCACCCAAUUUCCAGUCAAAGGGUUCUAUUGGAGUGCCUUCGCAUACCGACCCUGGCUUCUUUGUUUCUCUAGUACAAGAUGUGAAUGGCGGUCUCCGAGUGUUAUCGCACAAAGGGAAGUGGAUCAACGUAUUUAUACCUCGUAAUGCCUUCCUAAUUCAAAUCGGAGAUCAUCUGGAGAUUCUAACCAAUGGCAAGUAUAAGAGUCAUAUUCACCAGGUAGUGGUGGACAACAACAAGGUUAGAAGAAUCUCUCUGGCUACACUUCAUGGACCAUCUCUAGACACCCUUGUGAUUCCGGCGACAAAGUUUGUUGAUCAUUUUCACCCAUUGGGCUACCGAGGGAUGACGUACAAGGAAUCCUUGGAGGCUAAUGGCCAUCACGAGAUUGAAGUUCAAUCAUGCCUUGAACAACUUAGGCUAUGAACGAACAAAUAGUUACUUACUCCUAGCUCUUGUGAGGAGAUGACCGUCGUGCAGCUGGUCUCUGUCUGCUUCUACUCAUGUUAUGGUUUCUUUCUUUCUUUCUUUUUUAUGUAAUAAAUCGUCAUCCUAAAUAAAUACACCAGUUGCUCCAUUUAUGUGAUAAAAUGGUGUUAAUCGCGAAGUUGAUUUAUAAAAUGUAAUUGGGGUUGUUUUCUUUUUUCUUUUUCUAUGUAAACUAGAUGUGUGUCUUUGUUGUGUACGCAAGAUAUGUAUACUGCUUUUAAUAUUUAGAAAAAUUAAUUAAGUAA